GGGACCAAUCUUCAGGCGAUCCAAUAUUAUCUUAUUGUUAUCAUCAAUAUCAUGUCUCUUCCAGCUAAGGUCAAGCGGUGGCCAGGAGACAGCUCAGCCCUCUCCACUCAACAGGACCAAAAGGUUCUUGAAGACAUAUCAACUUCCUGGAGGAAGAAGAAAACUUAGGAGAAAGAAGAAACGGAGAAGACAAAAGAGGAAGAGAAAAAGAACGAGACACCUCAGAGGCGGAAGCUCAAGACGUAAACAACGUCACCGAGGCCAUCUACCCCCCUCCCCCUCCACCCCACCCCAUAGUCCCUCUCCACCACACCCCAGAGCCGCCCUCACACCCUGGAUGCCACACAAGACCAGACUCGUAGAGCUGCUCACGGGAGGCAACGAUCAGUUCCUAGUGCAAGAAACAAGGGCUUCGGCUUCCAUGAAGCGGAGUCGAGUAGAUGGUUCAGACGGGACGGGUCGACUCCCAAGAAGGGACAUGAGCCAGUUCCUCUUCCCGCUUGAAAUUGUCAAUAGCGAGAGCUUGACUUGGCUGCCCUACAACCCGGAUAUAAGAGUCAGUAUCCAUGUUGUUGGUGGAGGUGAUGUGGACGACCACACACCGCUACCAGCCCACAACUGGGACGACUACACGUCUUCACCUCCACACAACAGGGACGACCCAGAGUCCCAGACUCAUCAACGACAAAAUAAAUCUAAAAGUGGGGGAGCCGACCUGUACAACGAGAACCAUGAUAGCGGAGAUGAGAUGAGCGUCACACCCACCACUCCCUUCCUCACCACCACCUCUCGCCUGCACCCCUAUAUCAUCACCCCACAGGUCACAGAUGAGAAGGAUCCUGGGAUGGUAGAGAAUCCAAGGAAGAAAGAGAAUGAUAACCAGAGACGAAGAGAAGAGAAGAGAAGAAAGAAAAAGAGAAGAAAGUUAGAGAGAGAUAGAGACGAAGGCGAAAUAGUGGAAGACAAGAAAAGAAAUACAGGACACAGUGGCAGUUGGAAUGACAAGAUGAAAGACACAAAGAGAAGAGAAGAUGUCAAUGAAGAUGAAAGAAAACAAACGAGAAGGCGAGGGAGGGUGAGAGAGGACAAGCAGAGAAGAAAUAAAGGAGGGAGACCCAGAGGAGAAAAGAAGGAGGCAGGCUCAACACAGGACCUGAUGUUGGGGUUGGCUGAGGCCCUUGAAGAGCUCCUCAGCACCGACCACCACCAGCUAGACCACCCGACUGCUGCUGUUCCUGUUGGGGAGGAGGACCCGUGCACAGUGUGGUCGACGUGUCGUGUGGAGGAGGCAUUGCAGGAGCUGGCUAACCUGGGCUCCCUGCCGUCGUGUCCAUGUCUGUACCCAGCCGACCUACCUUACCAUCACCACCUCUAUGACCCUACACAUCGCGCCCCCUUCAGGUGGGUUGGUGUGAGUGGAGAGCGAGAGAGGAUUGAUGUGUAUCACCGGGGCGCCCAUCACUGUAUAAGAUCCCAUGUCACUGCUGCCUCCCUGGCUGCCCAGACCUGCUGCUAUGACAGAGAGCGAAAUCUCUUAACACGAGGGAGUGGUGCUGGCAGUCCAACUUUGGUGAGUCCAGAGGUCAACUUUGCUUUGCACCGGCAGGUUGACAUCCUCCCUUGGUUGGCUUGCAGAGGAAAUUUUCUCAGAUACCAAACAGUUCGACCACCCAACAAUGGCCAAAACUGUUCCAUCAACCCUGUUGAUAAUAAAUACCAGCAGCAAGUGAACAUGGCCACUGACUACUGAAAACUGUCAGCCCUCCAACAUACCACUCUCUAUCAGCACAAGAUACAGUACUACACCCUAAUGAUCCAGGGUUAGUGGUAUUAGGUUCAGUCACCCAAUUAAAGGGACACAAGGAGAAGGUAACCACUUCAAGAGUGGAUGGCAUCCUCCUAUGGAGUAAAAUUAGACAUAGUCUUUCACAUGAAAGAAAUAUAGACAUGUGCAUGUAACAAUAGUCAACUUUCUUACUCUGUUGGGCUCAGCAUCAAACCUAGAGUCUCAGGACAUAAACACUGAACUUCCCCAAGGGUCAUUACCUGUGUCAUAGUGUCCCCUAGUCAUAAUCGUCAUAAAGGAUAGUUGUCAUUAUAUGACACACUGCAUCCAACAAAGUUCAUCAGUUUGAUGUAUCAUCUGCAAUUUAGUACAGUCCAGUACUGUAGUCCAAGUUUUCUUUCACGAAAACCACCAUUAACUGUCAUUGGCAAUUCUACACAAGCUAGUUUUGCCAUUCCUUGAUAUAUUUUCCUUUCCUAUUUCUUUCUACCAACUACUACUGCUGUAUUACCUAAGUAAUGCAGUACUGUAUUGGAUACAGGAGUACUGUAGAGUAUGUUACAGUAGCCCUAUGAGCAAAAUUAUGCCGUGUUGUGACCAGAAAGUGCACACAGGUACAAUUGAGAAGUUGUAUGUGUGGAGGUGCAUUAGUGAGUGGAAAUGGUAAUUUCACUGAGCAAGUCAGUUUAAUGAGCAAGAAGCCAAAUGACAAUGUGAAAGUCCUAAUUCACUUUGUCCAAGUUAAUAUAACUCAAGAGUUGCUGGAUUUACCAGUACAAUAUUUAAUUUAAUUUUUUAGUAGCCUAGAAAUUCCUAGCAACCACAAUUCAUUUACUUAUUUAUUUAUUAUUUUGGAAGCUUGAGGCACCGCUGUUGCCCCAUCUGCUGGGAAAAUAAAUACUGUUAGUAGGUAAAUAGAGCCUCUAAUCUUACUCUACACAGACUUACUUAUAUCCUUGGUUUAUAUUGUACUACAGUAAAGUAUCUGUGAACCGAAAAGUUUGGGACCAAGAGGUUUCCACAGAAAAGAUUAUUACAUAAAAUGGAUACUGUACUAUCAUGAACACAUGUCUAAGGAAACCAUGUAAUAAACCAUAGAACUUUUGUCAGUUUGGUUAUACAAUAUAGUACUAUUAGUUUCUGCAAUAACCUGCACAUUAAUUUCAUUACUUUUUAAUAUUUUCAAAGUUAUUAAGUUGAUACAUAAGCUUUCAAUAUGUCACCAUUCUCCUACACUCACCAUAUAACGUAUUCCUCAAACUCAUGUGAAGACAAGUGCUGUACACAGACCCCUCACUCAAACCACCACACACACAGUGACUGAGCCAGUUGCCUAGUUUCUCCUUAUUUGUGAUCAUGUAAUAUGUAGAAAAUCACACAAAAGAAAAUUAUUCUAUUGUAUAUCCUUAAAUUUCAUCUUUAGAAUGCUUAGCUCUUCCAUAAAAUAGAUUAUUUUAUGAAGUAGAUUUUCGGUUGACAUAUACUUUACUGUGUACAGCAUAUGCAACCCAUAAAAAUAUCAACAUGAUAGUACCGACAAAGACCAUUAGCUGUAAAUAGUCUGCCAGGUUACUAUUGUAUAUUUAUUAGUACGGUAUACUGUACAGUAAACCCUUGCGAUUCGCGAUCUGGACAAUUUGUGGUAAGCAAAUAGUGGCUAUGGUGGCUAGCUUGUGAGCCUCUCCUGCAGUCACCCCCACAACAUCUCAUCUCAAUCUGUUCGUGCUCAACCAUUGCCUACAACACAGCAUCUCUUGUGUUGUACUCUCAAAACUUUAGUGUUUCUGUGUGAAAAUGGACCCUAAAAGACUACCAAGUGUCAGUGCUAGUGAUGCUAGUGGAGUGAAAUGUAAAAGGCAGAAGUCAGUGAUGACCCUGACAAAGACAGUUGAAUUAAGUAUUAGACAAGUUAAAAGAAGGGACGAGCGCUGCCACAGCUGGUCAGUUGUUGGGUCUAAGAAAUCAACUCGGUAUUGGUUCCCUACCAGGAAAUGAUUAAGGACCUUAAAGCCAAGAGGAAACAACUACCAAUCACUAUUUGUUUCAAGAAAGAACCAACCACUCAUUCAGCUGAUUUGUCUCCCUCCCUCCCUCCCUCACUCAGUCAGCUGCUGCCGCUCCACCACCCUCCUCCCGGCCAUGCGCCUCUCCACCACCCACCUCUCCACCACCUGCCUCUCCACCAACAGUGAUACUGAUGAUAUCCCUAUGCUUCAGUAACCAGAUAUCUCCCUAUGUACAGUACAUCACUUCACCAAGCUCUAAACUUCCACAUUUGAAUGUAAGUAGUAUUGGUGACUUAAGUUUCUCAAACACAGUAUAGGUAUACAGUAGUGCACUUAGCUACAGUAAAACGUCUAAAAACACGAGAUACGUUCCAAGAGAGGUCGCUUUAAACCGAAUUCGCACUAAAUCAAAGUGUUGUUUCAAUG